AUGUAUGUCAUCAUGUGGAUCACCUACAUGGCAUUUUUGCUUCUUUUUUUUGGAGCAUUUUUUGCAGUGUGGUGCUACAGAAAACGGUAUUUUGUCUCUGAGUACACCCCCAUUGACAGCAAUAUAGCUUACUCUGUGAAUGCCGGUGACAAAGGAAUGGCUUGGCUCUUAACUUCCACCCUCCCUUCCUCUCCCGCUCUUCCAGGGGAGGCAUCCUGCUGUGACCAGCUUGGUGCAGCUUUUGAGGGCCGUCUGAAGUGGCUGUUCACACAAUGGGGGGCUUUCUGCGUCCGAAACCCUGCCUGCGUCAUCAUCUUCUCCCUGGUCUUCAUUGGUGUGUGCUCUUUGGGCCUGAUGUUUAUGCGGGUCACAACCAAUCCCGUCGACCUCUGGUCAGCCCCCAGCAGCCAGGCACGCCGGGAGAAGGAGUACUUUGACAUGCACUUUGGGCCUUUCUUCCGCACGGAACAGCUCAUCAUCCGGGCCCCCCAUACUGACAAGCACAUCUACCAGCCGUACCCCUCGGGGGAUGACGUGUCUUUUGGACCUCCACUUAACAAAGAGAUUUUGCACCAGGUUCUUGACUUACAGACAGCCAUUGAAAACAUUACUGCAUCAUAUAACAACAAGACUGUGACACUUCAGGACCUCUGCGUGGCCCCACUGUCACCAUAUAACAAGAACUGCACCAUUCUGAGUGUGUUAAAUUACUUCCAGAACAGCCAUUCUGUGCUGGACCAUAAAAUGGGGGACGACUUCUAUGUGUAUGCAGAUUACCACACACACUUUCUGUACUGUGUGCGGUUUAUUAAUUUUGUGAAAAACUAUGAGAACCCAAAUCUGACCAUUUCUUUCACUACUGAACGAAGUAUUGAAGACGAGCUACACCGUGAAAGUAACAGCGAUGUCUUCACUAUUGUCAUUAGCUAUGCCGUCAUGUUUUUAUAUAUUGCCAUUGCCUUGGGGCACAUCGAAAGCUGUAGCAGGCUUCUGGUGGACUCUAAGAUCUCUCUGGGCAUCGCAGGCAUCCUCAUUGUGCUCAGCUCGGUGGUAUGCUCCUUGGGCAUCUUCAGCUACAUCGGAAUCCCCCUCACUCUCAUUGUGAUUGAAGUCAUCCCCUUCCUGGUGCUGGCUGUAGGGGUGGACAACAUCUUCAUUCUGGUCCAGACCUACCAGAGAGAUGAACGUCUUCAAGAGGAAACACUGGAUCAGCAAGUGGGCAGGGUCCUAGGAGAAGUGGCUCCUAGUAUGUUCCUGUCAUCCUUUUCAGAGACCGUAGCAUUUUUCUUAGGAGCCUUGUCAAUGAUGCCAGCUGUUCGUACUUUCUCUCUGUUUGCGGGAAUGGCCGUCUUCAUUGACUUCCUCCUUCAGAUUACGUGUUUUGUGAGUCUCUUGGGGUUGGACAUUAAGCGUCAAGAGAAAAAUCGGCUGGACAUCCUUUGCUGUGUCAGAGGUGCUGACGAUGGAACAAGUGUCCAAGCCUCCGAGAGCUGCCUGUUUCAAUUGUUUAAAAACUUCUAUUCCCCACUUCUGCUUAAGGACUGGAUGCGGCCACUUGUGAUAGCAGGUUUUGUGGGCACUCUGUCAUUUAGUAUCGCAGUGUUGAACAAAGUAGAAAUUGGAUUGGAUCAGUCUCUGUCGAUGCCAGUUGACUCCUACGUUAUAGAUUACUUCAGGUCCAUCAGUCGCUACCUUCACGCGGGCCCUCCUGUAUACUUUGUACUGGAGGCGGGACAUGACUAUACGUCUCUGAAAGGACAGAACAUGGUGUGUGGUGGCAUGGGGUGCAACAACAAUUCACUGGUCCAGCAGUUAUUCAAUGCAGCUGAGCUGGACAGCUAUACCCGAGUAGGCUUUGCGCCCUCGUCCUGGAUUGAUGAUUAUUUUGAUUGGAUCAAGCCUCAGUCUUCCUGCUGCAGAGUCUUCAAUGGCACUGACCUCUUCUGCAACGCUUCAGUUGUCGACCCUGCCUGCGUGCACUGCCGGCCGCUCACCUCGGAGGGUAAACAGCGGCCCCAGGGGAAUGACUUCAUGAAGUUCCUGCCCAUGUUCCUCUCUGACAACCCCAACCCCAAGUGUGGCAAAGGGGGACAUGCUGCUUACGGUUCAGCAGUUAAUAUCCUUGGCAAUAACACUAGUGUCGGAGCCACAUAUUUCAUGACCUAUCACACUGUGCUUCAGACCUCUGCUGACUUCAUCGAUGCCAUGAAGAAAGCCCGAAUGAUAGCCAGUAACAUCACUGAAACCAUGGGCAUUCAAGGAAAUAAUUACCGUGUGUUCCCCUACAGUGUGUUUUAUGUCUUCUAUGAGCAAUACCUGACCAUUAUUGAUGACACUAUCUUUAACCUCGGCGUGUCCCUGGGAGCAAUAUUUUUGGUGACCUUCGUUCUCCUGGGCUGUGAGCUGUGGUCUGCAGUGAUCAUGUGUGUCACCAUUGCGAUGAUCUUGGUCAACAUGUUUGGUGUUAUGUGGCUGUCGGGCAUCAGUUUGAAUGCUGUGUCCUUGGUCAACUUGGUUAUGAGCUGUGGCAUUUCCGUGGAAUUCUGCAGCCACAUCACGAGGGCGUUCACUGUGAGCACCAAGGGAAGCCGUGUGGGCCGUGCGGAGGAGGCACUCUCCCAUAUGGGCAGCUCUGUAUUCAGUGGCAUCACAUUAACAAAAUUUGGAGGGAUUGUGGUGUUGGCCUUUGCCAAAUCUCGGAUUUUCCAGAUAUUUUACUUCAGGAUGUAUUUAGCUAUGGUUUUCCUGGGAGCCACUCAUGGAUUAAUCUUCCUCCCUGUCUUAUUAAGUUAUAUAGGACCAUCAAUAAAUAAAGCAAAAAGUAGCACCACUCAAGAACGAUACAAAGGCACAGAGCGGGAACGACUCCUCAAUUUCUAG